AGAUAUUUUUUGAGGUCGAAGAAGACAUUUUUUUUUAAAUCUUUUUUGUUAUUGUUGUUUUAUAGCAUUUAAUACAACGUUAAAUGAAAAAAAAAAGACUAAAAGCUCAGCAGGUUAACUGUUUCUGUUGAGUUUUGUUCGCCAUUUGCCAGUUGCACGGCAGGUGGCGCAGCAACGGCCGGAAGUAGUAUUCAGAUUAACCGUUAACCGUCGUCCGUUUUAUUUAAUUAAGCAUCUUAUUACCGGGAGACACAGCUGUACAUGCGAGAGGAAUACUGACCUGAUUAACUGUACAAGAGGACAACAACAAUAACAACGACGACACAAGGACCUUUAACGUUUACUACAGAAGAAACUGUGCGUGGGACUUGGCGUCAUUACAGAGAAAGCUCCAGCAACCUGUCCAGCCUAGAAGCAAAUACAGAACUAACAAGCGUGCUAUUGACUGCUGCGACUGAGGGAGAGGAAGAGGAGGAAGAAACAGCCAAAAAGAGAGAGAGAGAGAGAGAGAGAUUGUCCUCUCUGGAUAUAGGGGGGUUUUUGGUCACAGAGAUCAUUGUUUUCCAGAAGCUUCUCAAGGGAAAAGUAGCCAUUGAAAUGUCUCUAAUGGCCGAGCUGUCAUCAGCCCAGGUGACCAAGUGCACCUGAGCAUUACUGGUGCUGCAAACACUCAGUCACCAGCAGCUGGUGGGCUUUUGCUGCGCAGUACAAAAAAAAGCAACUCUACAGUGCUGUAGGUUGAGGAGGAGAAGCGUCACAUUUUUUUUGUCUGGAUUACCUGGAGCUUCUUUUUGCUGAUUUGGUGGCUUACCUGGGAGAGACAAACAAGCACGGGCGGACUAAUGACUGUUUGUGGAUUUGGGAUUUUACUGAGCUGUUUAUUAUAGCAACAGAAGGAGGAGGAGGCUGCUGGGAGCUCAAGCGUCCAUGUGCAGGAAUCACAUAUGGAGCCAGACCAUACAGUGUAGUGUUUGAGCAACUGAGCCUGUGAAGGCCCCCCGCAGGAGGCCAUGUUGGAUCUCUUCCUCAGAGUGCUGGUGUUGAUCCGUCUUCACCCGUCGCCUCACAGCACCUGGCUGCCGACCUAACUCCUCGCUCCCCCUCUUUCUUCCCACAUCUCUUUCUUCCACCGCCUGGCCGGGAGAAAGGUCCUUGGUCCUUGUGGAAAAUGUCCUAUGCACACCACAAGCUGCUCACCUGGAGCUUACCUCACCUCCUCUUCCUACCGCUGACCUACCUCUUGCUCCUGGCUUCUCCUACAGGUGUGUCAGCAAAUCUCUGCAGGGUGACCGGCGGGGUGCUGGGGAUCGACUGGAGCGGCGCCAUCGGCCUGGGUUGGCACUCUCUGGCCAGAGGGAUAGGCGGGGCGACGUGCUGGCAGUCCUGCUGCUUGAAUCCGAGCUGCAACGCCGUGUGGAGCCUCGGCGGGCAGUGUGUGCUCCUCCGCUGCUCGCAGAAGGGGGGCUGCCCCAUCACCUCCCUGCCGCAGCCACACAAGGAGUCCCUCGGCCUCCUCCAGCUGCUCUCAAAGAGUCCCAUCAUCACAGCAAGACGUAGAAGAGCUCCUCACGCAAAGCAUGCAGAAGGCCAAGCACCGCACACUGGACACCUUACCAGCACGGAAAUCCCUGAACUGGAAAAGGAAACUCCGACAGUACCCAGCACCGCCGCAUUUGUCCAAACGGCCCAAAAGAACCUCAGCCAGUUAGCCAAUGGGAGUGCAGACAUCGCUCCAGCUCCACCGCAGCAGAACUCAACGGACACCGUCGACACCGCCGCGUCUUCCAAUAGCAGUGAUGUGAGCACAUCAGCAACGACCGCAACCGCUGUCAUCACAACUCCAACACAGACCGGUAAGGAAGCUACCGUCUGCAGCGUGAGGGAGCUGGUGGUUUCAGCAGGAGAGAGUGUGGAGGUCACGUUACCCCUCAACGAGGUCGAGCUCAACGCCUUUGUGGUCCCGACGCCCCCAGGGACAAACUAUGCAUUUGACUGGCGUCUGAUAACUCAUCCCAAAGAUUACAGCGGGGAGAUGGCAGGGAAGCACAGCAAGACACUUCAACUCAGCCAGUUGACUGUGGGCCUGUAUGAGUUUGAGGUGACGGUGGACGGGGAGGGGGCUCAUGGAGAAGGUUACGUCAAUGUCACAGUUAAACCAGAGCCGCGGGUAAACAAGCGUCCUGUUGCCGUAGUUUCCCCAAAGUUCCAGGAGAUCUCCUUGCCAACCAGCUCGACGGUCAUCGACGGCAGCCAGAGCACAGAUGAUGACAAGGUGGUGGUGUGGCACUGGGAGGAGGUGAAAGGUCCCCUGAGGGAGGAGAAGGUCUCUGCCGACACCCCCGUCCUCACCCUCAACGGCCUGGUGCCCGGGAACUACACAUUCAGUUUGACAGUGACAGACUCAGACGGAGCCACAAACUCGACACAGGCAACCCUCUUGGUCAACAAAGCCAGGGACUACCGGCCUGUGGCCAACGCUGGCGCUAACCAGGUGAUCCAGUUGCCACGCAACUCCAUGACGCUGUACGGCAACCAAAGCACCGACGACCACGAUUCCCUGUCCUACGAGUGGUCCCUCAGCCCUGAGAGCAAAGACAAGGUGGUGGAGAUGCAGGGCGUCCGGACGCCGAUCUUGCAGCUGUCAGCCAUGCAGGAGGGCGACUACACCUUCCAGCUGACUGUGACGGACUCGGCUGGACAGCAGGAAACGGCGCAGGUCACCGUCAUUGUGCAGCCAGAAAACAACAAGCCACCAGUAGCAGAUGCAGGACCGGAGAAAGAGCUGACGCUGCCAGUCGAUCGAACCACGCUGGAUGGCAGUAAGAGCAAAGACGACCAGAAGAUAGCCACCUACCACUGGAAACUAACCAAGGGUCCUGACGGUGUGAAGAUUGAGAAUGCAGACACUGCCGUUGCCACGGUGACAGGUCUCGAGGUCGGCACGUACAUGUUCUCCCUGACCGUGACUGAUGACAGGAAGCUGGAGAGUAGCGACACUGUCACGGUCAUCGUCAGAGAAGAACUGGACCAACCACCUGUGGCUCAUGUUGUGUCGAGUCCGUCCAUCGCUCUGCCUGUCAGGAGCGCCACUCUAGAUGGUUCUCACUCCACUGAUGACAAAGGUGGAGUCAACUACCUGUGGACCAGAGAUGAUAGCAGCCCCGCCGCUGGGGAUGUACUCAACAACUCUGACCACCAGUCAGUGCUGUUCCUGGGAAACCUGGUGGAGGGGAAGUACGGCUUCACCCUGACUGUAACUGACAGUAAGGGACAGACCAGCACUGACCGGGGCACCGUGGAGGUCAAACCAGACAUAUGGGAGCGUGACCUGGUGGAGUUGGUGCUGGAGGUCUCCGUGUCUCAGGUCACCCACCGACAGCGCGACAUGCUGCUGCGCCAGGUCGGGGUUCUACUGGGCGUGCUCGACAGCGACAUCAUUGUGCGAGAUAUCAGUGCUUUUAAUGAGCACAGUACUCGUCUGGUCUUCCUGGUGUCAGGCGGUCCAGGGCGCCCUCCUCUGUCGGGUCGCAGCGUUGCACUCAGCCUACGCAACAAACUGCGCAAACAGAAGAAUGACUUUCUCAUCUACAAGGCCCGGCGAGUGGAUACAGUCAUCUGCCAGCUGAACUGCUCGAGUCACGGCGAUUGCGACUCGUUCACACGGCGCUGCGUCUGCCACCCGUUCUGGAUGGAGAACUUCAUCACAGCUCAGCUUGGAGAUGCAGAGAGCAAUUGUGAAUGGAGCGUACUCUAUGUGACUAUAGCAUCCUUCAUGAUUGUGGUUGCCAUAGCAACAGUUGUCUGGGGGAUAGUGUGUUGCUGCAACAGGCGUAAGAGCAAAGUGCGCAGAAGCAAAAGCAGGUAUAAAAUGCUAGAAGCUGAUGAGCAAGACAGUCUGGAGCUACAACCACCUAGAGCUGCCCGCAUGAAGCCGGUGCCCGCUCCCACCUCCUCCGCCCUGAUGCACUCAGACUCUGACCUGGACAGUGACGAAGGGCAGGGCGGGGUCCCGUGGACGGAGCAGGAGCGCGGGCAUCUCUUGCGGCCCCAGAACGGCUCCCUGAGGAACGGCCAGGGGCCGGUGAGGGGCAAAAAGCAAAGAGAAGAGCUGCUAUAGCAAGAGAGGAGGAGGAGGGGGAGCUCGCUGCUGCCCUCACACACUCACACGGCUCGUCAUCCAGCUGUCACAUUCCCUCUUGUUCCUCUCUCUUCCUCUUUCUCUUUUGUUGUUCUUCAACACAGUAACCUCACACCUCUCAUCCAUGAAGACAGACUGUGUGAUGCCUGGAUUAAGGAAGGGAAAGAGAGGAGAAACAUGUUGUCCCACUGUCACUGAAAAAAUACCACCACUGUACUGACAUUUCCCUGCGCCUUCACUGAGCCACUAUGGAAGGAAAACAAGCUGAAAAACAGGGUCGACCACUGUACAGUGUACAGAUAUCACCCUAUUAUUUAACACAGAGACAUAAAGAAUGUACUGUUACCCCCUCUUACCGAUGGCACGCAAAGUAGCCUGAGUGACACUUGACUUUCUGGAUUUAAAAAAAAACUGCUUGAAUGACACGAAAACCAGCCACUUGACACGCUCACACCUUGCCUCUCGUAGACACGCAUGUACGCACACAAAGACGUCCUAUUCACACUGUUCCAGGUCAACCUGAUGCUACCAAACUGCCAUGUAAAAGCCAAUGGUUUAACGCUGCUCCGAUGAUUUUUUGUUAGCAGCCGACGAUGUGAAAAACACAACCAAAACAAGAGCCACCAACAGCAAACGGACCCUCCUCCAAAUAAACAAAAACAAAAAAUGUGCAUGAAGAGUGACAGAUUGCAGUUCUGGUGCAAUUUGAUACCCGGAUGAUCGCCUGCAUGAUUGUAUGUUGGGUGUAUGUGUGGAUUUAUUCUGGCUGCUGUGUCAAAAAGAGGUUUCUUCAGAGCAGUUUAUAUGUUUUUAUUUCUCUUAUUAACCCGCGGAAGAGUCACAAUGUUGUCAGCGAUGGCGGUCAGAGGCAGAAGAUCCUUUAAAAAAAUAACGCCGUGCUUUUAAUCUGAAGGUUUUUCUGUGGAUGAAGACUCUGGGACAAACACUGGAAUACACGAUGAGGAGAAGUUCACAACAAAUGGGACCGCUUCCUCACUCACCUCAAUAUUCAUUAAUGUAACGAAUGCUUGUACCAUAAAGACCACUUAGGUAUUUUUUUUUUUUUUUACAAACAACCUUCAGGCUGUGAUUAGAUGUCGAUGCACUUUGAUUUCAUGUCUGUCAGCUUCAGUCUCAUUUUGUCUAUUGUUGGUUUAAAAGGGAGAUCUGUGAUGGUUAAAGUUGGAAAUGUUCAGCCAUAAAGAAAAUGGGCUUGACUGCAUUCAAGAUGUAUAAAAUAUUUAAUUUCCUUUUUUUUUUUUUUUUUUUUAAGAUGAAAGGGUAUAUUUUAGCAGACGUGAAUGCAGCUCUAGUCCAGAAGCACCUCUAAUUGUAACGCACCUGUAGGCUUGAAAUGUAAAAGGAUUGUGUAAGCUGUAAAUGUGGGACUUCAACUUUUUAAUCCUGUGAGGUAAUUUUGCCAUUUCUGUGCAAUUUCAGUAGCCAAUUAUGAACUGUUUGGAUCUGAAUAGGAUGAUCUUAUUUAUCCUUGCUUUCCUUUUGGCAAAUAUUCCGCUUCAGUUCAAUUUGGGAAUUACAAAAUUACAC